CUCCACAUUAUUUGUUAUGAAUGCUUAACCCAAAUGUUCCAAGAGUACAUCUUAACCAAACACUCUCAAAGAGAUGCUCUACAUAUGGAUUGUUCAGCCUCCUCAUCUCCUCGUACUGAACUCAAAAUCUUCAGAAGUUGCAGCUCUUUCUAUAGAGUCAGAAAGAGAUGAAUCUUUUCAGAAGCUAUUCCUACACAAGGUUGGAGAAGGAAGACCCUGAUGAGAGGCAGCACAGGAGGGCACAGUUCUUGAUCUACAAGGUCUUGAAGCAAGCAGAAUGCCGGAGGAGGCAAUCACUUCCAAGAAUGGUGAUCUCCAGGUUUAAGAUCAAGGUUGGGCCUCGGCUGAAGAAGCUGCGAAGGAGUGGAGUUUGUGUUAAUGAGAAGUUCAUGAAGCAACUCAAGCAUUGGAAGCAGGCAGUGGCUCUCAUUCCUGUGUUUAGUUGAAGGAGCUGCUUCAUACUUUUCCUUUGUCUUCUGUUCUUCUCCUUCACCUACCACUGGAACUGGACACAUGUUCUCUUUGUUUUUCUUGAUGAUGAUUAUUGAACUGAGAAGAAAUAAACAUUUCUAGUUUCAAGUAUCAUGAAAUGCUAUA